CUCUCGUUGCGUCAAGAUCAGCCUCCGUCUUCCCUUACGCCCCCAUCAUGUCCGCCCCGGAAUGGCACAAAGCCCUGCAGGCAGCGCUCAAAUCGAACCCCAAGUCCACCACUAUCCAGCUCGCUACCUGGGACGCAUCUCUCGCGCGCCCUCGCGUUCGCACGCACGUCUUCCGAGGCUUCAUCACGCCGGCAAGUGCGCCGCAGCUUCCCAUCAUCCUCUCCACCGUGGAUAUCCGCACGCCAAAGGUCGCGCAGAUCACGAACAGCAGCAAAGUCGAGCUAACCUGGUGGAUUGAGGGCACGAUGGAGCAGUUCCGCAUCGGCGGGACAGCGCAUGUCGUUCCUCGUCCCGGUCAUGCGAGCGGCUUGCACGAGAAGUUCCUUAAGGCGCUUAAGCAGGCUCCUGCUGGGUCUCCUCUGGCCGAGAUCGCAAAGGAUAACGUGGACUGGGAGAAGAAGCGCGUGGACACCUUCAGCUCGCUGUCGCCUGGCAUGAAGGCAAGCUGGUGCAGACCAAGCCCCGGCUCGCCCUUGUCCACGCAUCCCAACUCGCCGCCGGAGAGCUGGCCGCACGCGGUGAAGGACUUGGAGGAAGGCGAUGAGGAGAACAAGGAGCACUGGGAGGUGGCCCUCGGCAACUUCGCCCUGUUGCUCAUCGAGCCCCAAGACGUUGACUAUGUCGAGUUGGGCAAGAAGCCCGAUCGCAGGACGUUCUUCAAGUAUGCGGAGGGGAAGUGGGAAUCGACCGCGGUCGUCCCAUAGUGCCAGCUGAAUACACGCUUUCAAGGAGGUUCUGAUCAGAAACGACUGGUAUACCAAGCUGUGUAUCAUAUCUCGAGGAACACUUGUGCCGACAUGUUGAUGAGUCGUGGGC